GCUCCGUCGUACUUCCUGUUCCGCUUUCGCCAAUGGGGCCCGCUCCGGAGCCGGCCGGGGGCCGGGCCGGGCGUGCCCAGGAGAAGCGGAUUCCGGCGGCUCCUCCUCCUUUCGUCCGCCGCGGCUGAGAGCACGGUGGGAGGAUGCUGCCGGCUCUGGCCGCCCAGCGCCGGGGAUGGGGCUGCCUCUACCAGCUCCAUCUGCUGCGGCGGCAGGGCCGGUGCCCGGCAGGGGUGCCCCUCGCCAGGGCGGGCUGCCACGGAUGGCUGGUACCUGUCAGAUUUGGAAGUUUCUCCCCUAUGCUGCCAUGUAACCGUCUGCCUCUUUGUCCAACAAGUCAAGUAAAGCUUAUAAUUUCAGACGGUCAGAAAAAAAGCACAGGACCACAGGAAGGGAAUUCAUCGGUCCCUGAAGGAGGUGCGCAAAAAAUAGCAUCAGCCCGGGAUGCUGGCAGUCAACCAUCACCUUUGUUACAAAUGCCAAUCCAAGUAAAAGUGAAAGCAGUUCUUAAAAAGAGAGAAUAUGGACCAAAGUACAUGAAGAAUAAUUUCAUCACUGGCGUCAGAGCAAUCAAUGAGUUCUGUCUGAAGUCCAGGGUUGAUGCAGCCAGUAUCAAGCAGAGCCAAGUUUCCAUCACUCUGCCAGUGUUGUGGAAGCCUCUCGACUCAGACUUGGCCAGUGGCUUCAAUGAUGGGUCUUGGUCCAGCCAUUAUUGCCUGAGCAGAGCAGCCGUCUGCAGCUUUGACUUGCAGUCCCACAAUGAGCCCUUGGGCAUUGGCUUGCUCUUGUGCCACGCUACUGUCCCAGGCUGCACCCGGUCAGCUUCUCCAAAUGGAUCUUGGAGGCUCUCGAUCCAGCUCCAAGAAAAAAUCCGGCGGCGGAGCCCUCAUGAUGACACCGAGGCUUUCACUGUGUUUUUGAGAUCGGACGUGGAGGCCAAGUCACUAGAAGUCUGGGGAAGCCUGGAGGCUCUUGCUCGAGAGAGGAAAAGGCGUAAAGAAGCGGAAAUAGAAUACAGAGAAAAUUUGUUUAAAAACCAAAAGUUGUUGAAGGAAUACAAAGACUUCCUAGGCGAGACAAAGCCACGCUCCAAUGCCUCAGCUGUAUUUCUCAGGGGACCCGGGAAAGUGGUGAUGGUUGCUAUUUGCAUAAAUGGCUUGAAUUUUUUUUUCAAGCUUCUUGCUUGGGUUUACACGGGUUCCGCCAGCAUGUUCUCUGAAGCCAUUCACUCUCUGGCAGACACCUGUAAUCAGGCUUUGCUAGCGCUUGGAGUGAGUCAGUCUGUGAAGACGCCAGAUCCAAGUCACCCAUAUGGCUUCACGAACAUGCGCUACAUUGCGUCCCUGAUCAGCGGCGUUGGCAUUUUCAUGAUGGGCGCAGGACUUUCGUGGUACCACGGGGUGAUGGGCUUGUUGCAUCCUCAGCCCAUAGAAUCACUUCUCUGGGCUUAUUGUAUAUUAGCGGGGUCAUUGGUAUCUGAAGGAGCUACUCUUCUAGUGGCAAUCAACGAAAUUAGAAGAAGCGCCCGGGCCAAAGGGUUGUCCUUCUAUCAGUACGUUAUUCAGGCACGUGACCCCAGUACAAACGUCGUGUUGCUGGAAGAUACUGCAGCGGUUCUGGGUGUGACGUUAGCUGCUACCUGCAUGGGCCUGACGUCCUUAACAGGUAACCCAUAUUAUGACAGUUUGGGAUCACUGGGCGUAGGGACGUUACUGGGAGCCGUAUCAGCGUUCCUCAUCUAUACCAACACAGAAGCACUUUUGGGGCGAUCCAUAAUGCCUGACCAGGUGCAGAGGUUGACGGAGUUACUGGAAAGUGACCCUGCAGUAAGAGCAAUUCAUGACGUUAAAGCCACAGAUAUGGGAAUGAGCCAAGUGAGAUUCAAGGCAGAAGUAGACUUUGAUGGACGGGUUGUGACUCGGUCUUACUUGGAGAAACAAGACAUUGAGCAGCUACUACAAGAAAUCCAGCAGGUGAAGACCCUUGAGGAGUUGGAGGCUUUCAUGCUUAAACAUGGGGAAAAUAUUAUUGACACGCUAGGAGCCGAAGUUGACAGGCUGGAGAAAGAGCUGAAGCAACGCAAUCCGGAGGUGCGGCACGUAGACCUGGAGAUAUUGUAAGCCUGACAGAAGUCAUCUUGGAAGAGAUGCCCCUGCCAGACCGGCUUUGUAGAGGGGAAUGGGGCACAUCUGAGCUGGCCGGGCUGUUGAGACACGGUUUCAUCGCAGCUUCCUGGUUUCUUAGGACUGAGCAUUCUUCAGAAGAGUGAUAGCUUUUAUUGAACUGACUUCCUGGGACAUCUGCUUUUUGCCAUCUGUUCUACACGUGAAUCUGUAGUAGAGACUGAUUUCUGGGGACUAGAUACUUUAAGUUAUGGAAACGUCAGUUUCUGCAAAUACAGUAUAUAUAUAUGUAUAUAUAUUUGCUGUCCAGUUUCCAUUUUUGUACUGUUUUGCACAUCACUGCUGCUAUUUCUUAACAUUUUUAGUGAUCUGGGAGCUUUCCUGUGUCCUCUUCAAGACUACUGGUCUUCCUCAAGUCCCCAUUGACAUUUUCCAGCUCUGUAGCCUUUCUCUGAUGCGCCGCCUGCUUUUUCCUUUGGUGUCAGGGAAGGGAACCGGCGCAAUUGUGAAACUCCUGCGUACUAGAGAUAAUAUUGUGGCCCUGUGCCACGGGGCACCCUCUCUUCCGAAACCUGGUUUGCAAUAAUAUGUCUGAUGACCUUGUUGCUGUUACCUUAUCGUCGGUAGUAUAUGUUACUGAAAGAAAUGAAAGUAACUAGUAACAGUGAGUUGGGUUCAGAGGUGCUCUUUCGACAGAAGGGUGCUCUGCCGUGGUGGAACGGCACUUCCGUUGGCGGAGGGAGAGGUGAGUUUUUGCUCAUUUUACCCACUCUCUGCAGAUCCACUUUGUAGCUCCUCAGAGGGCAACAUUUCUGGGUGUUUAGAGGGAAAUGAAGGAGUCCCAUUUCAAGAGCUUCGGAUCCACCUCGUGCGUACUCUGAAAAUCCCUUCUGUAACUUCCCUCUGGUUAUAAUAUAUCCAUGCCAUAUCCUACAGCUUGGUGGAUGCAACAGGGAGGCCUUUUUAAUAGGCUCUGAAAUGCAUUGAAAAUACUUUAAAACCUGCAUCCGCUCUUGAUUUAUAAAGGCUGUGUAGCUAGUCCCGUGCUUUUGCGGGAGAUUCGGACUCAUGUUUCUCAGGGAUCAGCCUGCCGCCUAGCAAACUCUCUUUGAGACUGCGGGUAGUUGUAAAUGAAGCAAACAAGAAUAGUCAGGGUCUCCUAUUUGAAGAUGAUAAUAGUAAAAAUUCCAUUAAACUGCAGCUAAAAUAAGCUCUGUUGGGUCCCAGUCUGAAUAUUUAACUUUUUAAAAAAAUAUAAACUGGCAUGGCUUACUUAUGUUUAAAUGUUAGAUGGGUUUUGCAGCAUGAAAAAUCUUGACUGUGAGAAAUCAGCCAUCUUGAAUGUGGCAAUUGCUUUUGAUAACCUUCAAGCCAGAGGUUCACAUUUAGGCUUUCAAUGUUAUGCAAAAUGAGAGUUGUGAGAAAGGGGCCCCCUACAUUCUUAUGCCUCGGUGAUAAUCCUGGGACAAUUUAGUUUGGGAGAUCAUAAUAAAAGACAGAAGGAUUGCCCUCAGAAAGGAAGAGUUUUGAGAAUUAUAGUUUCUGCUGAAACUGAACAUAAAUACUGGUUGUUGUGGGUUUUCUGGGCUGUGUGGUUGUGGUCUGGUGGAUCUUGUUCCUAACGUUUUGCCUGCAUCUGUGACUGGCAUCUCAAGAUCCACCAGACCACGGCCACACAGCCCGGAAAACCCACAGCAACCAGUUGAAUCCGGCCAUGGAAGCCUUCGACAAUACACUGAGCAUAAAUAAUUCAGGCCUAAGGGCCAGUUCACAUGUAUGUAUACCAUAUGGUUACUGAAGGCUUGAUUUGUGAAUGGAUCCCUCUGAAAGACAUACUUUUUAAGAUGACUGGAAGGAGGAGAGCAUCACAUACCUGUUCCGUUUAAUGGUUGAUCUGCGCUAACGCAUUCACACAAGGUGGGGAUCCAAUGAUGAACAUGCGUGUUUAAAAUCAGCUUUUAGUAACCAAAGUAUCCGUUAAAAAUCCAAUUUGCAAACAGUAUUUUAUGCACUUUAAACAUAUUUCAGUUGCUUACUGGAAAAUGUGUGUCUCAGAGACAGAUCCUCAGAGAGCUCAGCCACGUGCCGGUGGAAAUUAUGGGGGAGAUUUAAAUGUCAUCUUUGGGAUCUGCAAUAAUUUAAAAUGCCACUUUUUACGUAAGUGGAACUAAAAAGUGUGUGUUGUCAGCAGUCUGGACAUUGAUAGCAUUUAAGCCUAGCAACAUUCCAAAUUCUAGCUUUUAGAAAUUGUUGUACAUAUUGUAAUUAGUGUAACUAAGACUUUAUUACUGAAGUUUAAUGGUGAAGGGAUUACUUUUUCUUUCAUCCUGAAUUUGUCAGGGCAAUUGCUAAAUACAAGCAACCCCUCCAUUAAAAAUACCUUCGUUUUGCUAUGCAGUUGCUCCAAUCUGAGUGUGGAGCAAUUGUGUUUUUAAGUAAUGCUCACUGUAAACUAGCCAUUCUUUGCACGCAUUGAACUUCUGUAAGCAAGGGGAUCACCAUUCAUUGGGCAUCUCUUUGGAUACCGAUUGGUUGCUUCCCUGGUCAUGAAUAGGGGUUCCUGAUUGUUCUGGCGCAGUUCUGUGCACAUUUGAGGGUAAGUACCAUUGAAUAUACUGGGACUUAUUUCAGAGUAGACAUGUAAGAAUCUGUAGGCAACCAGAUGAGGAAGUCAAUAAGAGUUGGGGUUUUUUUUGCUUUUGGGGGUUAUACUGAUAUGUGCGGGUAGGCGGAAUAGUACCUUUUAUAUGCUUAUGUAUGAAAAUGGAGCUGUAUCUUAGACCGGAAUCAUAGUUACAACUUAAUUAUUAAAAUGUGUAAUGAAGAAGGCAGAUUGUAAGUAUCUGUAAAGUUAUGACUUUUGUAGGUACUCAGUUCUCCUUUAUCAUGGUAACCUAAACUUGUCCUCCUAAAUGAA